UCUUGAGGUAAACGGCGCAACUAGAUAUUGCGGUACUUGGCUCACAACAACACGCAAGGGUAGCCACGUGAAGCUGUGGUUUUGUGGAGAGGAGAGAUGCCAGGUCCACAGAGAAGAAAGAAGUUCCAUCGAGGAGACACACAUCUGAAAAAGAGGUGGAGGACCAAGAGGCGCACUAAGGAUCUUGAUGAGAUUGAUGUUGAUCUCAGGGAGGAGAAUGCAUCCAAACUGUUGCACCAGGAAGUGGACGACGACAAGCCAGGUGGAGGACAGCAUUAUUGCCUUCACUGUGCACGGUACUUCAUUAACAACGAUGCACUGAAGAGUCACUUCAAAACCAAAGUUCACAAGCGACGACUCAAGGCUCUGGAGAUUGAACCUUACUCCAUUGAGGAAUCUGAGAGGGCAGCAGGGAUAGGCUCCUAUGUCCCUCCCAAGAAACGUAAGAUGGAAACACAACCAGUGGAUGAUGGAACCUUUCAUCCAGAACAGGAAGAUGUUGACAUGAAAUAGCAGAUCCUUCUAGAAGGAGAGGGAAGGGUGAGGGAGGGAGGGAGGAAGAAGGAAUUUUGUUAUUGACAAAUGCCUUUCUUUGUUAUUCUUUUUCAUGGUCUUUAUUAAUAUACAGUAUAUAUUAAUUAAAAGAAAAAAAUUCUUCAAAGCUAUGGUUUUAUUGUUCUCAAAAGAUGGAAGUGUGAAAGAAAAGGAAGCAUGUUGUUAGAUAUAAUGUAAUUGAAAGUGCAUUACUGUGGUCACACUUAGCCUGUUCUGUGGUACCUUGAUACCUAUGAAAACAAAAGAUUCCAGAGGUAGAGAGAAGGUAUGGAAUCUUGGUGUCAAAGAGUAGACAUGUAUGGGUAAGACAAAAGUAAUGGUAAACUUUGUUACUGCCUGAGUUGAACUGUAGGGAGGAUAGCUGUGGCUUCUUCCCUAUUCUCCCUACAUCCUGUGAUCUGUGUAAUGACUGAGUGCAGCAAUUACACUCCAGUUGUUGCUAAUGUAAACAUGGCUUAAAUCCAUGUUCCUUGGGCUUGUCAUUGCCACAAUUUUCCCAGUAUGUAUCCCAAGUGUUCACCUUUGAGAAAGUCAGAGUGGUAGCAUCUGGACAUAAUAGGGAGAUGGAGCACAAAGUUAGGAGCAGGUGAAAGUUGUAGUUUUAGUAACACAGAAAUCUUUCCCUGCAUGUGAGAGGGAGACUUUGUAUUAUGUAUGAAAAAUGUAAUCUUUUGUGAGUGUGAUGCCAAGAAAUUGGAACAUACUGAAGAGGUGUGGAGGUGCAACUCUGCUGAAAGACACAGCUUAGUAAGGACAAAGUUGAGACAGAAACUUAAAACGUUGUAUCAGUAGGUGCUGAAGACAGAUUGAUUGGUGUAAGUGGAUAGUAAGGAUUCAAAUGAGUGAAUGAAACAUUAUGUAAUUUGAAUGGAAGAGAGUACCAAUGCCAUAUAGUACAGAACAAAGAGAAUACAGGAUAAAGCACAUACCAGUCAAUAAUUCAAUAACCAGACUCCAAACCAAAGCAAAAAAACAUAAUUGUGGCUACAGCAAGCCCAGAUAAUAGAUUUAUGCCAUGGUUAUAUUUACAAUGACCAGUGUUCAUUGGCUUGCCAACUGAGACACCUGUAGGUAAUAAUAACCUCCUUCAUUGUUAUUUGACAUCUUUCUUUAAUCACAAACCACUUUGAGACAUUUAAUUGUUCUACAGCCACCUCCAAUCAUUGUACUGGCUAGAGAUUGCAAAAUCUAUUCUUAUUUAUCCCUUUCUUUCUUCUAGAUGCUUAUAAAGACUCAUGGCUUUUAGUGCUGUAAAUUGUUGCUCAUCACAGUGAAAGGGUUAAAGUGAGAAGACCAGAGUGUACAAAGAUGCUAUUUAUGGACUGAAGCUGGCAAAGACUUUCCUGUCAUGUUCAUACUCUCAAAGAGGCUCUCAUAUUCACAGCAUCCACUUCCCUUUGCAUAACCUCUUUGUCAUUGCAUUUUCUGUCAUUCUCUCAGUGACCAAACAAUCUGAGGGUGCUGCAUUUGACUAUCUCUACCACAUCACUAUUUGUUUUUUAAUCUCUAAUAGAUAUGUCACAGCUUCCAUAUCACUUUCAUUACUUUCACCAUCCAUCUUAUUCAUAUAUCUCUUCCAUUAUUUGUUCCAUUGAUCUGAUGUCAUACUUGUUUACACAAUGGUCUUUCUCUGGAUGGUUCUCAACUCAAUUGCAUUAUGAUUUUCUUUCUCACAUCCAUCACUUUUCUUUCUCAACUUACUCUGACAGAUAUUAUCUUACUUUCACAGUCAUUACUUUUGUAUGCUUUAUUUAAAUACACAAAUGCCCAAAAUACACCCAUUCCUUUUACACACGAGUCUCAUAGCAACCAUCUGAUCCACACGUCAACAUCAUCUAAAAUCAUACUGCUCACCACAAGUUGCCUCUACUUCUGCAGUGAAAGUUUUUAGAAGUUUUCAGCCUUUUACCUUUGUUUUUUGGCCACCUUGGUAGUAGCUAGGGAAGAAAACAUGUGUUAUAAAUUCUCAUAUCUAUGGUAACCUUAUACUCUUUCACCUUACUAGUGGAAACACAUUUAUCAGUGAUAAGGUGGGAGAGUGCAAGGACAUUUUGUAAACCUUUGUUUUAAGUGAGGGUUAUCAUAUAUGACUCAUUGGAGCUGCAUGUUACCACGAAGCAGGAGUUAAUGUCCCUCCUUUCUUUCUCUUUAGUUUAUCCAUGGCAAUUUAAAGUAGGCAAAUUUUAUUUUAUCCUUAUGACUUAUGUAUCUAAAAUUAAAUAACUUGUACAAUCACCUUAUCUAGCAGUUAUUAUACUAGUAUAUAACUUUUAUUUAAAUCAUUCCUAGAUGCUUACAGCUACACACUCCUUGAGUCAUAUGUGUUUUACCUACUAUGAAGAUGCACCAAUAGGUAGAACUCAGUAGAACUCAAGCCAGAACCAUGCAUGUGAGUGACGAGCACACCAAUCAUUUGGUAUACCGCCGAGUCCUGUUCAUAAGAAAGGGGGGUGGGGGGAGGAAAUAUUGGCGACUCGAUAACUUGACAUUUGGGAAGACUACUUUUUUUUUUUUUUUUCAAUUGAGCUUAAAUAUGGAUAGGUGAAGUAGCAAUAACUCAACAUAUUUAUAGUGACCCCAUUGCUUUGGUGGGAAAUAUAAAGAUCAAUUAAAGGUAUUGCAUAAGAGUAUUUAUCCAGCGCUGACCUCUCCAAUGAUACUCCUUUCCCAUUGUAAUUGCUUUCGCUCUGCUUUCUGACAUCAACACUGAAUAUAUCUGAAAUACUGUUUUGUUUUUUAAGAAUUGCUUGUCAAAGGGCCCUUAAUACUCGAACUUUGUUACUGGAAGCUGCUGUGAUUUGUAAGGAUGUUUUCAUGAUUCUAGAGAUAUCCUGGUAAGGAUUUUGCGUAUUAAAUGAGAGAGAGAGAGAAAAAAAAAAAACUCGAAUAAUCAUUGAUAUGGCUUUUGAAAGUAGUCCUCAUACGAGAACAAAGUUUUUUCAAGUCAAGGUUCGUGGCUUUGUUGCUUGGUUCAUUUAUGGCAGAUCGCUAUAAGACCUCGAUACCCACUACCUGCCCUUCACUUAUCUGUUGAAUAUACCUUUUACUGGUGACACCGCCUGUUCCGCCUCCCCCAUCUACUGCAACUACACGGCAACAACAUUUGCGUAUCGAGCUAAUAGAGCCUAAGGGUAUUAUAGCAGUUCUCCAUAAAUCUUGAACCGUACCAUUUUUGCUCCUUAUCUUUAUUACCACUUUUAAAAGACUACUGGAAGUUAUAGGAUUUUCAAUUGUUUAUAUGACUAGUGAUAGUUUUGACAGCUCAAGAAAGAUUAUACACAAGAUAAAAAUGAUAACAUUUGUGGUCCAUGAAAAUAGUCUUUACGAGAGCCAACAGCGUUUCACAUUGUGGUUCUUGACAACUAGGUGGCUCCAUUGAAGUGUACUGUCAAGAAGGCAUUUAACUCAGCAGAGAGAGAGAGAGAGUACUAUUAUGUAUAAAUUUUUAUCUCAGGGUAGUGAGGUUUGGUGAAGCAUCGCUCAAGGUCAGGCUACGUAAGAUUGGCGUCACAUUACAAGCUACCCACGCACAACGCCACCACCAGCAAGCGAGGAGUAAACAGGUCCUAUCACUGGGUCUCGUCUAUUUUUUGUUAAGGAGAGAACGAAAAAUAAAGUGAUACUACAUCAAUAUAUAAAUAGGUGGCUUAUAAAGAAAAACGGGAAUUAUUAUUAAUAUUAUUCGUUAUUAUUAUUAUUAUUUUUAUUAUUAUUAUUAUUAUUAUUAUUAUUAUUAUUAUUAUUAUUAUUAUUAUAUUAUUAUUAUUAUUAUUAUGAUUAAAGGUACAGAAAAUAAAUCAUUGGAAGGUCAUAGAAAGAAGGGAAAGGAAAAGGAAAAUUCUGUUGCAAUCUCAUCCAGUACAAUGUACAGUCGUGAAAAAAAAAAAAUAUUGCGACAAUACCAAAAGUGAUAUUACUUUUCAUUUGGGUUUAUAAAAUUACAAAGAUUAGUUAUAAAUUCAUUUAUUCCGCGUAAGCUUGUGUAUAUCAGCAGAUUUUACGUGGUGGUACAUUAUUACUUAUUUUGAGGUGGUAGCAAACGAACUAUGUCUAGCUAGGCAGCGGUGAUGGACAGGAGAGCAGAAGGAAACGGGUGAUAGUGUAACUGUUACGCAAGCCACGCAACAUUUUUUCCCCCUCGUUCCAGAAACAAUUUGUGGAGAACUACUUGUAUAAUAAUGGAAUAUUUGGAACCUUUGAGAUGCUUUUUUUUUUUUCACUGCUGUAUUAUAAUAAUUCUGGGACUUCCUUUAGCGGUGUGAAAGUGUACGUAUAGAGUGAUGUGGUAAGAUGUCCAAAUAGUCUCUGCGGCCUGACUGUGGUGCUUACAUUGCCGGUCACUCUAACUAUCGACCAGCGCAUAGAAUUCUGAGGUUUUCUUUAAGUACUGUGUCGUUACCUACAGUUUACCAAUAAGUUCAAGAUAGCAUUGUUUCAAGCAUUCGUACUAAACACAUCAAUUUGCUCUGCCAUAAUCAUUAUAUAUUAAUGGCACUAGUUAUUAGUAAACCCCACAAAUAGGACCAAAUGCAUGUAAUGACAAAAUAUCCAUAUUUCAGAUAUUGGCAUAAAGAGGUCUGUGAAAUAAUUAUCGCAUUGCUAAGGUUUAUCGUGGUAAAUAACAACACGAAGCUGGACACAAGUUCUCCUCAGCCACGUUUAAAAGACCUGAAACAAAAUGUUUAAUAUUGGCAUUAGUAUAAAUAGAACUGACAUUAUUCUCGCAUUGAACAAAGUAUCGCGCCAGGAUGGGUGCGGAGAAAGGCGGCGGCACCACGCUCAACCUCCGCCUGGCACCCAAACUUUGCCCGACGGAGACGCGCCUACCCAGUGGACUGUCAGAUUGGAACUGCUGAGGCUCAGUUGGGAGAAGGGGAGAGGAGACUGUACCCUCCCCCUCCUCCACCUCUACCUCCACCACCUCCUACCUUCCCCUCCCUCCCUUCUCCCUUCACCCCCCAGCCCGGGAUCGACACUCGGGCGCGCUCAGAACAGUGGCAGUGCACCGUAGUCGCCAAACGUUUUUUCCACGAGGAGGAGCCAACCUUGGGCCAUGCUCGCGUGUGGGAAGCGUGGCGACUUGUGCGGCUGAAGCGCCUAAACUUUGAUACAUCCAUUACAUUUAUUUAUCUACUUAAUUGCUUUAUUAUGUGUUAU